AGGCGUUGGUGUACUUUUAUUCACUUUGCCUCAUUUCAUGGCUGGACCGUAUGACGUUCCCCACUUUCAAGCUGGUAAAAGUGGAAUGUGUUCAUCGUUCAAAAACAGUACUGCGUCAGGGUCGUGUGACAGCAACUACAGUGGAGCUGUGUGGUACUAUAUGGUGAUAUUUGUCAUCGCACAGUUUAUCCAUGGUGCUGGUGUUUGUCCACUGUAUCCAUUGGUGCCUGCUUACUUGGAUGAAAAUGUGGAACCGAGACAAAUGCCUAUAUAUCUUGGUCUGUGGUAUCUUUCUUCAUUCCUAGGACCGGGAAUUGGGGCAUUGUUGGGCGGGCAGUUUCUUAGCGUGUUUGUCGACAUUGAACAGGUAAAUUUAAAAAGAAAAUAGAAAACAUAGACAACUUAAACAUAAUGGUUGGCAAAGGGUAUUUUUGUGAGCUUAGAUUGACGAUAUCUACUCCUGUUAAAUGACGGAUUUUUGUAUCGCGAAACGUGAUUUUUAUCCGAAGCGUUGACCUGUGAAUUAUUUUGGGUUUUUCUUAUUGAUAUUAAUUUUAGAAAAGGGCGAAAGGCGUUUUCGUAAAAAGGUUAACUUUUUACAAGUGAAAAAGCAAAAUGGCUAUUUUAUUUCAAGUGAAAUGUAACCCGAAUCCCGUCCUUCGCUCCCUCAUUUACCAUGGGCGGUUUAGUCAGGGAAUAGGAUUUCUAAGAAUCUGUAAGUCAUACAGUGGCUGCUUGGUUGAUUUGAUUUUCUUUGAAAAACCGGAUCGAACCAAGCGAUUUUACCAGUCAAAAUUUGAAUAUUGAGUUAUGGUAUACAGUAUACGACUUAAGAGAUGAUCAAAAUAAUUAUCAACUUUAUAAAAUGUUUAAUUAAACUUAAUACUUGCAUUAAAUAUCUUCAUUUUGUGAAACAUGCGAGAGGAAAAAUUUUGCAUCCAAAUCAAUUCAUUCGACAAUACGUCUACUAAUGUUAUUUUGAGCAAAAUUACAAACUUCACAAAAAAAAAGUAUUGCAAGCUAGUUUAAAUUCACACCUCAGAUAAGCUCUCGAAUUUUAAUAUUUCGGGUCCUUUUGUUCGUCUGCUUUUGAGGUAAACGUGUUAUUUUUCAUACUUUGUUUCAUACAGCCAAGUGGAUUAAACCUUACCCCAAAGGAUCCUCGUUGGAUAGGAGCUUGGUGGUUGGGAUUUCUUGUCUUUGGUUUGUUAUUUUUCCUUCUGGCGAUUACUAUAUCAGGAUUUCCCAGUUCGUUACCUGGAGCCAAGGAACGUCGUGAAAAACACAUCCGUCAGGGGAACCUAAACAAAAAAAGCGACAUCAAAGAAGCAAGGCUUAAAGAAAUUCUUCCAGAACUUAAAUCUCUUCUUUUGAACCGGACAUUGCUGUUUAACACCCUAGGUGUUUCUGUGGGGUUAAUUUUCAUAGGCUCGUUGAUUCCAUUUUUGGGAAAGAUACUUCAGUUAAAGUUUGGUUUGGACUCAGUAAAAAAUGGAUAUCUUUUGUCGGCCGUUAUGACACCUACAAUAAUGGGUAUGUAGGUAUUUAUUACAGUCAUUUUAAUUUAACCUAUUUCCAUCGUCUUUUGGCUUACGUAUUGAUCAGAACAGAAAUACAUGUAUGCAUAUAAGAUUUAAUUUGAAUUUUUUUCUGAAAUAAG